AUAGAGUUUAGGGGCCAGAGCGGCCCUGCAGGGAGUUGGCAGGAAAGGCUGGGAACAGCUGCCGGAGGUGACGGAUCGGUGGCCCCGCCCGGUGCGCUGGAAGACGAAGCUUCCAGGUAGCUGUCCGCAGAGUCUGACCCAGAGUACGACGGGGCAGCCGGCGGGAGCCCACGGUCCCUGGGCGGCCUCUUUAAGGGAGGGGGCGGAGCCACGUGGAAGGAUCCCGAGGCUCCAGACUUCCUGAGCCCAGGUACCCCCAGCUCAGUGCAGCCAUGAGUGCCGAGGUGAAGGUGACAGGGCAGAACCAGGAGCAAUUUCUGCUCCUGGCCAAGUCGGCCAAGGGGGCAGCGCUGGCCACUCUCAUCCACCAGGUGCUGGAGGCCCCUGGUGUCUACGUGUUUGGGGAACUGCUGGAUAUGCCUAAUGUUAGAGAGCUGGCUGAGAGUGACUUUGCUUCCACGUUUCGGCUGCUCACGGUGUUUGCUUACGGGACGUAUGCUGACUACUUAGCUGAAGCCCGGAAUCUUCCCCCACUCACAGAGGCUCAGAAGAAUAAGCUUCGACACCUGUCAGUCGUCACCCUGGCUGCCAAAGUCAAGUGUAUCCCAUACGCAGUGCUGCUGGAGGCCCUGGCCCUGCGGAACGUGCGGCAGCUGGAAGACCUCGUCAUCGAGGCCGUGUACGCCGACGUGCUGCGCGGCUCCCUGGACCAGCGCAACCAGCGGCUGGAGGUCGACUACAGCAUCGGGCGGGACAUCCAGCGCCAGGACCUCAGUGCCAUCGCCCGAACCCUGCAGGAGUGGUGUGUGGGCUGCGAGGUGGUGCUGUCCGGCAUCGAGGAGCAGGUGAGCCGCGCCAACCAGCACAAGGAGCAGCAGCUGGGCCUGAAACAGCAGAUCGAGAGUGAGGUCGCCAACCUGAAGAAAACCAUCAAAGUUACAACAGCUGCCGCCGCUGCGGCCACAUCUCAGGACCCCGAGCAGCACGUGACGGAGCUCAGGGAAGCGGCUCCAGGCAGCAACCAGCGCCAGCCCAGCAAGAAAGCCUCGAAGGGCAAGGGGCUCCGAGGGAGCGCCAAGAUUUGGUCCAAGUCGAACUGAAGGGACUGUUGUUUCUUCCAGGAUGUGGGGUCCUAGCUGCCUGCCUGCCCCUUAGGAGUCCUCAGAGAGCCUUCCUGUGCCCCUGGCCAGCUGAUAACCUGGGUUCAUGACCCGUCACCUCCCUUCUUCUCUCCCACACCCCCAAGCAUAGAUCACACCGUCUCUGGGGGGGGGAGGCAAGUACAAGUCAUGUUUUUGUUGGUACUUUUUGUUUCAUGUAACUUUCUUGUGUGUCCCAUUGUCCCCUCUUCCUCCCUGCCAUGCUCCCUCCCCUGUUUCUUUAGGAGUCAGCAUCUGUCCCUGUUCAUUAUACGUCACUGAGUGGGUGGGGCUGCCAUGUCUCCAGUAUAACCCACACGUGAUCCCUUCCCCCUCCUCCGCCCCAGCCCUGCAUGCCCCGCCUCCUGCCCACCAGCCUGUUUGGGCAGCAUCUGAAGAGCCACAGGGCUCCCACCUUUAUUCCCACCCUGAGAGUUCUGGGAGCCAUUCUAGGCGUCACUGGACACUCACAUCCUAGAAUCCUGUCACUCUGCAGUUCCCUGUCCUCUCUCCUCCCCGUGGGUCCUGGGAGGGCUGCUGCUUCAGUGACCCCAGAGCCUCAGGGCAGCUGUUUCUUGAGCUGCUGCGAGAUGGUUCUUUCUUGGCCCUGGCUGUCUUAGAAAGCCUGAUGGCAAUCCUGGAAGGAUUUAUACUUCCUCCUGUGAGUUUUGUGGGGAAGGGAAGGGGAUAUAGAUUGUAUAAAAAGAGUAUAUAUACGUAUAUCUAUAUAUAACAUGACACAGAAAUAAAUCUAUGAGAAGUCUAUCUACAAAC